UUUUGAUACCGUAGUACGUGAUCUAGUUAUAUACGAUAUCUGUGGGAGAAGAAAAAAAAUAAACCUGCAGGCCGUAUUUCUUCUUCACUUCCCGGCAACAACACGCUGCUGCUGCUGCUGCGGCUCUCUCUUUGACAGCUCUACAUUCUUUAGGUAUAACGUGUGCCGAGUGACAGCUCCAUCUUAAAUCGGAGAAGAUGAAGGCAUCAGAAGUAAGGGAGGUCUUCAUGGACUUCUUCAUAAAGAAGCACAACCACACCUAUCAACACAGUUCCCCAACAAUUCCUCAUGAUGAUCCUACACUGCUUUUUGCAAAUGCUGGCAUGAACCAGUUCAAACCUAUCUUUGUUGGCACAGUAGAUCCAAGUAGCGAUAUGGCCAAUCUGGUAAGGGCAGUGAACUCACAGAAAUGCAUCCGUGCAGGUGGUAAGCAUAAUGAUUUAGAUGAUGUUGGUAAAGAUACAUACCACCACACUUUCUUUGAAAUGUUGGGUAAUUGGUCUUUUGGUGAUUAUUUCAAGAAGGAAGUAUGUUGUUGGGCUUGGGAUCUCCUUGUAAAUGUCUACAAAUUGCCAGCUGAUCGCUUGUAUGUCACAUAUUUUGAAGGCAACCCAGCUGUCGGUUUAGAACCUGAUUUAGAAUGUAAGCAAAUCUGGUUGGAUUUAGGUUUGCCAGAAGAUCGUAUACUGCCUGGUGAUAUGAAGGAUAACUUUUGGGAAAUGGGUGACACUGGCCCUUGUGGACCUUGCUCAGAGAUUCAUUUUGAUCGAAUUGGUGGACGGCAUGCUGCCCACCUGGUGAAUAAAGAUGAUCCUGAUGUCCUGGAAAUCUGGAAUCUUGUGUUUAUGCAGUUUAAUAGGGAAAGUGAUGGGUCCCUCAAAUCUUUGCCAAAGAAACAUAUUGACUGUGGCAUGGGUUUGGAACGCCUUGUGUCAAUUUUGCAAAACAAGAGUUCUAAUUAUGACACAGAUCUUUUCACUCCAAUUUUUGAUGCCAUCCAAAAACUCUCAGGUGCUAGACCAUAUGCUGGAAAACUGGGAAGGGAAGACCAUGGUGGCAUUGAUAUGGCAUACAGAGUUCUUGCUGAUCAUAGUAGAACCUUAACUAUUGCACUAUCUGAUGGAGGCAUGCCUGACAAUGUUGGAAGAGGCUAUGUACUGCGUAGAAUUUUAAGAAGAGCUGUUCGCUAUGCUACAGAAAAGCUGAAAAUGAAGCCUGGAAUGUUUGCUUCUCUUGUUGACGUUGUUGUAGAGAUACUUCAUGAUGCUUUUCCAGAAGUGGCUAAGGAUCCAGAAUUUAUUAAAAGUGUUAUAAAUGAGGAGGAGCUGCAGUUCUUGAAGACCUUGGAUCGUGGUCAGAAACUAUUAAAACGAACCAUUGUGAAACUAGGAGGUUGCAGGGAAAUCCCUGGAGAUGUAGCAUGGAGACUCUAUGAUACAUAUGGCUUUCCUGUAGAUCUCACUUUGUUGAUGGCAGAAGAACAGGGCCUAACAGUUGACAUGGCAAGUUUUGAAGUUAAUAAGAAAGAAGCUCAAGAAAAGUCCAGAGGGGAAAAUAAAGACAAAGAUAACUCUUUCAGGUUAGAUGUUCAUGCAAUUGAAGAUUUAAAAGGAAGAAAUGUUUCGUUUACUGACGAUUCAUUCAAGCACACUUACAGUUCUAGUAAUGAUUUUGACUCCAAAUAUAGCUUUACAACUCUCAAGGGCAAAAUUGUUGCUAUAAGAUAUAAUAAUAAUUUUGUUGAAUCUGUGUGUUCGGGUAAUAGAUGUGGCAUAAUAUUAGACAAGACAAAUUUUUAUGCUGAGAGUGGUGGACAGAUGUAUGAUGAAGGGUUUAUGGUAAAAGUCGGUGAUGAAGAGUCAGAAUUCAAGAUUGAGUCGGUUGAAGUGAAAGGUGGCUAUGUUUGUCACAUUGGUGUUGUGGAGGGUGCCUUGAAACUUGGAGAUGAAAUGAGUUUAAGUAUUGACAUGGAACGUAGAAAAUUGUUGAUGAAUAAUCACACUGGCACUCACAUACUCAAUUUUGCUCUAAGACAAGUUCUCUCAGCUGAAGCCGACCAAAAAGGCUCGCUUGUUGCUCCAGACAGACUGCGUUUUGAUUUUUCAAAUAAAGGAGCAAUGACUGUAGAUCAGGUACGGAAAACAGAGGAGAUUGCCCGGGAAAUGGUCAAGUCAAACAAAGCAGUGUUUGCUAAAACAUCUCCAUUGUCAGUAGCCAAAAGUAUUCAGGGUUUGCGUGCAGUAUUUGGAGAGGUUUAUCCUGACCCAGUAAGAGUUGUAUCAGUUGGUAUUCCUGUGGAGACUUUAGAGGCUGAUCCACAAAGUCCUGCUGGUAGUGUAACCAGCAUUGAGUUCUGUGGUGGUACACAUCUCCAACACACAGGACAUGCUGGGGACUUUGUUAUUGUCAGUGAAGAAGCUAUUGCUAAAGGAAUUAGACGUAUUGUUGCUUUUACUGGUCCUGAAGCUGUUAAAGCACUAAACAAGGCUUCACACUUAGAAAAUGAGGUUAACAAACUGAAAAAGAAAAUUGAAAGCAAUAAUCUCCCCUUCAAGAAAGUGGUUCAGUUACUUACUGAAAUGUUGACAGACAUUAACCAUGCACAAAUCCAACACUGGCGUAAAGAGGAGCUGCGUAAGGCAGUAGAAGGCAUUAAGAAAAUUCAAGGAGAUGCUGACCGUGCUCGGAAAAAUGCCAUAUCAAAAGAAGCCAUUCAGAUCACUAAGAACCUGUUGGCAGCAAAUAGCAAUAUUCCUUAUCUGGUGUCAGAAUUAAAUGCAUUUGCUCAGAAUAAGGUUAUUAAUGAUGCUCUUAAAGAAGUAAAGAAUGGGCCUCCUACUAUGUUUAUCAGUGCAGAUGAAGACACAAAUAAGAUUUUGGCAAUGGCCACUGUUCCAGAUGAUGCUGUUGCCAAAGGUUUAAAAGCUGAUGAAUGGGUCAAGAAUCUCAUGGUGCUUAUGAAUGGUAAAGGUGGCGGGAAACCUGGAUCAGCCCAGGUAAGUGGGACCAAUGUCAAAGCUGUUAAAGAAGCUUUGAGAUUAUCUGAGGUCUUUGCUCAAGAGAAACUUGGUUGUGGUCCUGUAGUUUUAAAUCCUCCCCAGGCUGUUAGUACAUCUGCCAAAGCUAAGAGUGAGCCUCAGCCCAAAGCAGAGAAGAAGGAUAAAAGUAAAGGUAGUCAGAAUACUUCACCCAAAUCAUCACCUGAUAGCAUUAUACUCCAUACAUACCCUAAUAACAUAUGUGCAUACCCAGUAUUUAUUGCUGCCAAGUAUUCUGGGAAGAGCGUCGCUUUAGCCCCAGGAUUUGUUGCUGGUACGACAAAUAUUAGUGAAAAUUUUGUAUCUAAAUUUGGUAGAGGGUCAUUACUAGGUUUAGAAACUCCAGAUGGACCUUUGACUGGAAGUGUUGGAGCAGCAUGGUAUCUAGCUCCAGAUUCAUUGAAAGGUGGUAGUUCACAACAUCAAGGUGAGGUUUUGAGCUGGAUGAUGAGUGCCGAUUCAGAGUUCUUGCCUGUUGUCUGUUCAGCUAUGGGGGCUAAGUCAAAAUCUAAGAAUGAUAAUGGUGCAUUUAAUGCUGCAAUGAAAAUGCUGCAGAAAUUAAAUACUUACUUGCUUGACCACACUUAUUUAGUAGGAGAAAGGCUGUCUCUUGCUGAUAUAAGUGUAUUUACCUCAUUAAUGGUAGCUUUCCGUGAAGGACUUGAUGAUGCUGCUAGAAAGAAGUUACCAUGUUUGACACGUUGGUUUAAUACAGUCCUUCAUCAACCUAAUGUUUUGGAAGUUGUGGGCACUUUUAAAAUGAAGUGAAUGUAGAGCUGUAUUUUAUAAUGUCAUAUAAGUAAAUAUAUUUCCAUACAUACAUAUUUUAAUUAGAACUGAAGGCCAAUGUUAUUUAUCAGUAACUCUCCCUGCGCUCCUCUCAAGUGGAUGCAGGGAUGGUUUGGUACCUAAUUAUGGAUAAGGUUUGGUAAUUAUGAGUUCAUAGAUAAUUUAAUUUUUAUAUUGAAUUAUUGCUAAAUUUAUUUGAAUUUUUUUUGUCAAGUGUGCUCAAAUUACAGUGUUUGGCCAUUUAUAUUUGAUGUUCAUAUGUGAUAAAAGAAUUGAAACUUACUUUUAUGUGGGUAUGUAAGUUUGUUAUUUUAUAGAUGUCAAACAAAGAUCUUAUAAUGGAAAAGGAUGUGCAAGCAUUACCAAGAUGCCAUUCGGUGACCAAUGGUCAUACCUUGUGUGGUAUGCAACCAACCCCUUAAUGUAGGGAUAACUGUGGGAAAGAAGGGGUCGUACCUAGUCCCUGAGGGAGUAAAAGCUUCACAGGAGAAUCAUUCAGUAGUUAAUUAUGUGUAGCAAUUGUAUAGUAUCCAGAUCUUUGGGAAAAAUUCACAUAAAUAAUGUGGUACAUAAUAUAGAGAAAAAUGCAGUAAAAAGCAAUACAGGUUUUUAUUUCUCCAUCCUUUAGUACUGAAUCCUUCCAUUUAUAUUGAAGCCAUUUAAAACCAACAUGGUGCGAAAUACUUGCUGUGUAAAAAUAUGCUGCACAUUUUCAUCAAAGUUUCAAUACCUGAAACUAUAUUUUCAUUUUGCCCUGAAAAAUUAAGCAAUUUACUGUAUAUCAAAACUAAAGAAAUUACACAGUGAAAACCAUAAUAUUGGCAGACAUCUGUGGUCACAGCGACAAUCAUCGUCAUUAGCUGAUGUUAUUUGAGUUUUAAUCAUUUAAUCUAAGGAAAAUGACCAAGCCAAGCAUCUUCUUUUAUAAGAUCUUUAAUGUUGAAAUAAACUAGAGUAUCUUAAAUGGUGAAGAGUAUUUAUUUGAUCCAAAGGUUUUCUGUGGAUUUUAAUUAUAAGGUUCUUAAGUGCUUAUUUACUUAUUUCAAGGAGAACCAGUUUGGUUAUGAAAUUGUUAGCCAUUCAGUAAAGAUGAUGUACAAUUGUGUGAUUGGAUAGUUCUUUAAUUAUUUAAAGUUUUGAGGUCAGUUCAUACUGCAAGUGCAUAUAGAGGUCUUCAGUACCCUAUGCCAGUCUGCUAUUAUAAUUUUAGUAUUUGCAAAGCCUUAAUAAUUGUUUGAUACCUCUUGUUACACUUUUUAAUAAAAAAAAAUUACGAA